UGACCAGGCUACUCCCGAAUUGCCUGUACCACGUCUCCUGCUGUAAUCCGUGCCAUUAGUGAUCAUCCUGGCUCCAUCCAUAUCAUAGCCGGAUCCACUGGUAAUGGAUCCGGCCUUUCACAAACCGCCUCCUCUUACACCGAUUACUCUCCGGUGGUAGUUCCUAACUGCAGCUAUCUGUCUAUCAUUCCCUCAGCUUAAACCACUUCAUUCGCACGUGUCUUUUUAAAUCGUGUCUCUAUAUUUUUGCAUUACAAGAAAGGAUACAUGUGUAUGGAAAUUGAUCUACGCAAUAUCUGAUUGUGAUUUUUUUUUUUGGACGUUGUUGUGUAAUAAAACUAAACCGGUCAAACGAAUUGAGUUGGUUAAUUUAAGUAUUUUAAACGAUUCGAAAUUUUUUUCACGUUCCAAAAUUACCGCAAGGUCUGCUUGAUAUAUAUGUGUGCUGUGAUUUAUAUGAGGAGAAAAAGAUAUUUGCGGUUGUUUUAAGGAUACAUAUCGCAAUAUUUAGCUACGAUUCGAAACAGGAUAUAAUACUUGUGUUGAUUUUAAAUGAUGAUUUUUUGAGUUUUAUUUGUAAUGUGAGAUAGAAGAGAAUUAUAUAGUGAGUUCGUUUGGGUUAAUAAUAAUUAAUAGGAUUAAUUUGAAACAUGUGAAAUUGAAUCUGAAUGUGAAGGAGCUACGAGAAUAAGUGAUGUCUACCUAUUAUGGCAGAACCGUUGUCGAAGAGACUCGUCAAGGCUAAGUAUAUGGGUUCGUUUCCAGUAGCGAGUCCCGAAUUCGUCCGUUCGCAGCUCGAAAAUUUAAGGCACAGCGAUCGCUCGACACCUGUUCUUUUGAUUGUUUCACUGGCUGGGAUCAAAAUAUGCAGCCCAGAUGGAAAAAGGGUGCAAAUGGCACAUGCAUUGAGGCGUAUCUCAUAUGCCACUUGUGAACCUCAACACGCGCAGUUUAGUUUUCUUGCUCGAGAACCACAAGCUCAUUUCACCAUCCAGUAUUGUCACUCAUUUAUCACCGAAUCAGCUGAACAGGCCGAGGAAUUAAAUACGAUAGUAGGAAAUGCUUUUCGUAUGGCAUACGUGGCGCAGCUUCAGCGCCAGCCAAUUCUCCAAGAUGUGAUCUCAUCUCACUCAACGACGAUCUACCGGAAAGAUAAUAAAGAAGUAAAAAACGUUUGGAAUAAACCAUCGGGAGGUGACAAUUCAAAAGAGAAUAACGGCGGUGGUGGUGGUGGAGGCGGAGUGGUGGGUGGCUGCAGGACUCCGUCCUCGAAUUCGUGGCUGAAGAGUCGAACGGCGCCCACAUCUCGUUCUGGAAACGGCACAUCCACAGCGGACAUGAACGUUCAACUUGGCAGUGCCGGCUCGCCCACGCUGCGACUCGCCAGCGUAAAGACACCAAACUCCAUACCAGGACUACGACCGUCUCAUACCUUCUCCAAUGUACUAGGGCCGAUAACAAAUCAGGAUGACCCAAAGAGUUUGUCACAACAAAGUACUCCCAGUAGUGAUGAAAGUAAUUCCCCAACGGAACUCAACUCGUACAAAAGGCUUACCGACAAACCACCAUUGAUAAAACGACUCACAAUGGGCCUCACUGGAGGUGUUUUAGGUCUUAAUAGUGAAGACGACAGUUGUCCGCUUGUGAGUGGUAGCAGUACUCCAACUAGUCCAACAAAUAGGCCACAUUCUGGGGGUUACAUUAACGAAGCUAUCAUUGACUCAGAAAAUACUAGAACAAGUUAUAAUAAAAUAGCACCUUCUGAAAGUAUUGAUAAUACCAUCAACUCUUCGAUCACUAAGACUUUUAAUAUUGAAAAUAACAGAAUAAGUCACAAUUCAACCAACUCUGGAGUUGAUACUGAUUUUAAAACGAAACGACGAUCGCAAAUAAGUACUUCAAGUAGUUCUGUACCAGCGGACGGCAGUACUCACGGCUCGACGCCAACUCCACCGCCUCUUCCUGAGAGAACUGAUAGUUUGAAUAAUCGCUGUGAAGAGGGUGAGCUCCGGAAGGCUCCUUGGUUCCAGGCUGGAAUACCCAGGGAAAUUACACUGGAGGUGUUGAGCCAAGAACCGGAAGGAGCUUUCAUGGUACGCGAGAGCACUAGCAAACCUGGAUGCUACGCACUCUCGUUGCGCGUGCCUCGUGAAUUUCAACCUAGUGGAAUUGCUCACUACCUUAUUAUGCGAACGAACAAAGGCUACAAGAUAAAGGGCUUUACCAAGGAAUUUACAACACUCACUUCACUAAUCACACAUCAUUCAGUAAUGCCGGAACUUCUACCAUGUCCUCUAUCUCUGAGUCGUUACAAUCCAAGCUUCGUUAAGACAGAUUCAAAUAAAGACUUUGCCGACAUUGAUUCAGAUCCUGACUACAACACUCUAGCCGAUUUCAGGAAAAUGAUGGCAGAUUUAAAUGUUUAAUGAGCUAAAAGUCAGGCAAAUGAGAAAAAGAAUAAAGUGAUAAUUGUGGCGAUUAAGACUUGAAAGUCAGUGAUAGACUGUAAGAUUAUUAGAACUCAUUAUUUAUAAUUAUUGAAAGAUACGUGAUGAAUUCUUCAGGUCAAAUGAGAUAGUAAAUGUUUUAUAAGAAUUCGCAUUUAAAUUUACUGAAAAUAUUUAAAUAUUACUGCCAGAUGUCUUUAUAAAUGAAUACAUUGUGUGUGGUAAAAUAGAAUUUUUGUGCUGAAUACAUAAAAUACCGCAAAUGUAUUUAUGUGGUUCCGAUAGAUAAACAGUAUAUAAAGUUGAUGUAAAUGUGUUUAUAUGUAUAUAAAUUAUAAUUAUUGUUAAACUUGUCACUUAUUUAAUUUAGACGAUAAACGUGAAAAAUGAAUCAAAGUCUGGAUAAUUAAGUAAAGCCACUAAUUUAGAUUUUUUCUUUCAUUACAUUUGAUAAGAAAGAAAUAAGUGGUCAUUUCUAUUGAUUUAUUAACCUAGUCUUGUACAGAAGUUGCGUAAAUAGUUUAUAUUAAAAAAUUAAAAUUGUAUGGAAUAUUAUGUAUGAAGUAAAAAAAAA